GUUACUUUGACACAUGCAGGCAGGUCAGUGGGCCAGUAAUGCGUUAAGGCAGUGAUGGAGACCACAGACCAAGCCACUGAGGGCGACCCUCUGAAGACAGGAGAAGAUGGUGCAGAGGCAGGAACAGUACCAUCAGCAACAGAGCUGAAGAAAAAGAGCUGCAAGGAGUUGGGUUUUUCCAAACUGUCUCACUGGCGAACUGCAGUCUUUUUCUUGUCCUUGUUCCUUUGCCUCACCAUCGUGUUUGCCUUCUCCUUCAUCAUCCCCUGUCCCGUGAGGCCACAAUAUCUCGUUACCUGGAACAGUUCAUUCCCUGGAGCAGCAACCUACAACUUCUUAGCUUUUGAACAUGCAAAUGAAGACAAGGUGAUGGAUGUCCUGUUUGUUCUCAAAACCACAGAAGUGACACAGAACAGAUCAUGUGCUGAUGAAGGUCUAUCCUCACCAUGCGUGUUUCUGUUGGCACUGGAUGGCACACAUGGAGAGAACCUGUGGGACUGUCCGCUGGAACCCGACUUCCACUGGGCCCAGUGUGGCCUCGAAAGAGAAACGGGCAGAACCUGGGAUUGUCUGCUGUCCCACUCUGACAAACUCAUAGCCAUCGACAAACGUACAGGUACGAAAAUCUGGCAACAGUCUCAGCCUACUGGGCUGCGCAGCUCUGCGCCCGUUCUCAGUGUCCCAGAUCUGGAUGGGGACAAAGUUGGUGAUGUGGCUCUGGUGGCAUCUGAUAACACACAGACUCAGCUGGUAUUGCUCUCAGGGAAGACGGGCGACCAAAUCGGCACUACGGCAUUAGAUGUCUACAAAGGAGGUGGGUCAAAGAGAUUUGGUGAGGUUUCAGUGUAUUUACUCGUAGACACUGGGUUGUAUGGCUGGGCACUGUGGAAGAUCGCUGCCAAGGCUAAAGCAGGGAUGGAUAUGGGUCUGAAGAAGGACCAACACUUGGAGAGAAAUGCCAGUGGCACAGACGGCCUUGUACCCAUCUACGAGUCUGCAGUGAGUCGAAUGCUGAAAACCGAUGAAACGGAUGAUUCAUCCAACCUGCUGGUUGUGGCUGGGAAGGAGGUGGCAUUGCUUGAUGGGAAACAUUUGGAGCUACUGUGGAGAUUCAACACCAGCUCAGUCCUCAGUGAACCCUCUUUUGGUCAUUUUAACAAAGAUGGUUUAAUAGAUGUUGUCAUUGAGGAGGAUAUUGGCAACAACACAAAGAGGAUAAUAAUCCUGGAUGGGAAGACUGGCGGUGUGCUGUGGGAAGUCCAGCUCUUGGCCAGUCCUAAUUCCCCAAGACCCGUUUCCAUCGACACCACCAACUACUUCUCAGUCUUCAUGUUUUGGGGCUUGAUGCCCUCAGAGUCAAACUCAUCUGAACCAGUAACAGGUGAACGACGCUCUUACAUGCUGCAUCCUCUCUAUUCGAAUGUUCUCCUCGAGUCCACUAAUGUCCUAGACCACAUUAUAGCAUUUAAAGCCACGCUGAUGGAGCGUGGGCGCCAUGCUGCCUACAUCCUGCUGAUAGGCCCUAAGGAGGAGGGAGCCGAAGGCACCGUGGUUCUCAGCAAGCGCAAGCUGAAGGAGGACGUUCCCGACAGCAAAGUACUCCGUUUUGGCGACGGGACUACAAAAUCCAACGAGGACAUUAAAGAGGCCUUCAACCGACUCCGCUUUAGCGAUUGGUGAAAAGACCGGCUGUAACCUGUGCAGUAUAUCCUCGGUUUUAUGGUGACUUAACUUGAUUUUCAAAACCAAAGUUGUUGUACACGAAUUGUGACUUUCCAACUGCUGACCAGCAAAGAAACUCCUUUAUCUUUAGAAGACUUUAGGUUGAUUUGCUUUGACAGGGAUGUUCUCCAGUGGGCAAACUGGACAUUGUCUGUAUUCACUCUUCUUCACUGCAUAUCCUUCAUAUUGUCAAAACUCUAAACCUGUAUAGAAUCAGAAAAAAAGCUGCUGUUCACUGACAAUCACUCUACUCAGACUGCUGUUCUCCUGCUGAUAAACCCAUCAGAUCUGCCUUUAUGUAUUGUUUCUAGCAAUUUCAUGCAUUGGUGCAAUGAUCAUUAAAGACAGUAGAAGCUGGACUGUUCAGAUCUAUGCAACUGUAUGUUACGCUGUGCUUUAAAGGUAGCAGAUGCAUGCCACUACCCAGGCUUUUGAGUGUUUCAAAUUAAAAACAGCCUAAAUAAAAUAGAUACACAGUUGUAAGGCUGGUUUAUGGUGUAAACUAAAUGUUAUGUGUUAAAUUUGUAAGGGAUCCUGUCUGUGAAAGUAUCAAUAAGGCACUCUGGCAGUCAACAGUACUGAUGUUGACAUCGAUGACCCCUUAUCGUUACUUACUUAAUCCAACAUGCUGUAAGAUGUAAUGCUAUAUAACGCACACUCACAACACUUCCAGUCAAUGCUGUAUCAAAUAAUAGAGUUAUUGCUGUGGUUGAACAGCUCCUUAUGAAGCUGUUUUCCCUUGGUAACUUAUAUUAAGGUUGAAGACGAGGUUCUUAUUUUUGCUGAACAUGGACAUAUUGAACCUGUGAAAGAGGCCUUUAUUGGAGAUGACUUUACUUUCUGACUUGUAAUGAAAUGUUUGGAUUUGAGCUAUAUUAAAAUAUUUUUAAAGAAA